GAGAAGAUGGCGGCCAAAGGCGGCGGCCGGAACGGGCUGCUCGACAAGUGGAAGAUUGAUGACAAGCCAGUAAAAAUUGACAAAUGGGACGGUUCAGCUGUGAAAAACUCUCUAGAUGAUUCUGCCAAAAAGGUUCUCCUGGAGAAGUACAAGUACGUGGAGAACUUCCGWCUGAUCGACGGCCGCCUCCUCAUCUGCACCAUCUCGUGUCUCUUCGCAAUCGUAGCUUUGAUUUGGGACUACCUGCACCCCUUCCCCGAAUCCAAACCUGUCCUUGCUUUUUGUGUUGUAUCGUAUUUUGUGAUGAUGGGGAUCCUCACCGUUUACACCUCGUACAAAGAGAAGAGCAUUUUCCUCGUGGCCCACCGCAAGGAUCCCACGGGCAUGGACCCCGACGACGUGUGGCAGCUCUCGUCCAGCCUCAAACGGUUCGACGACAAGUACACGCUGAAGGUGACGUUCAUCAGCGGCCGGAGCCGGCAGCGGCGCGAGGCCGAGUUCACGCGCUCCGUCGCCAAGUUCUUCGACGCCAACGGCACCCUCGUCAUGGAGGCCUACGAGCCCGAGGUGUCGCGCCUGCACGACAGCCUGGCCCUGGAGCGCAAGACCAAAUGAGCGGCGUUAAUUAACGCUAAUAAAGCGCCCAAAGGGGCGGA